AUGAGUUUGCAAGGCGAGAAAAGAAUUCUUCUUGGGAUGAAGUUCCAAGAAUUGUUCCAAUGCGCCUGGACAGCAUCAAGAUUUUGGAUUAUUUUUAUUGUUGUUGUCUCCGUCCCCACGGCUUCAAGCGAAGGCAGCACUCCAGCGGGAGGUCUCUUCAAUGGAGCAUGGGGUAUUGGCGGCAAGACACGUGAGAUUCCGCCAGCGUCUGUGACGCCAGAGAUUGAGCACGAUGUUCAUGGCAAAGAUGAAGAUCAUCGCUGGUACGACACCGUACGAGACGUGUUCAGCCGCAUAGAGACGCCAGGCAUCACGUGGAACCUGAAGCCCAAGCGAACCAUCCUCAAGAUCCGAAAGCGCCUCUAUCCACUCGGCAUCACUCGGCUGACGCUUGGGGCUGAUUUCGACCCGAUGCUGGGGUCAUGGAGGCGAAGCGUGAAGACAAGCUGGAGGGACCUGGUGAUCGGGGGCAACAUCAACAUCCAAGGAUCGGAGAUUGCCAUCACCAAAGAUUUUAACGUCGACGAGCGAACCUCCUUGUGGCUCAAGGCUGGGUUCGAUUGGCAGACCAAGAAAAGCAUGAUCGGCUUCAAGAUCAGGCCCAACCCUGGCUUGUCCGCAAGGAUGUACAGCGAGAGCGGGCCCAUGCUCCAGAUGCGGAAGCGAGUGCCUCUGCACGAGAACUUCCAUGUCGAGUUCGACUCGCUCCCCGACGCUGCUUACACGUCUACCAGCGGUGGGAAGCUCAGCCUCGGCCUGGGAGACUUCAAGGUGGACAUGCGGGAGCUGAAUGCUGUAAUCGAACUAUGA